UGUCUCAUUGCAUUAGCUAGGACUUCCAGUACAAUGUUGAAAAGCAGUGGUGAAAGGGGACAUCUUUGCCUUGUUCCUCAUCCUAUUGGGAGAGCUUCAAGCUUCUCACCAUUAAGUGUGAUUUAGUUGUAUGUUUCCUGUAGAUGCUCUUUAUCAAGUUGGGGAAAUUCUCCUCUAUUCCUGUUUACUGAGAAUUUUUAUCACGAAUGGUGUUGGAUUUUUGUCAAAUGCUUUUCCUGCAUCUAUUGAUAUGAUCAUGGGACACUUCCGUAGCCUGUUGAUGUCAUAGAUUACAUUAAUUGAUUUUUGAGUGUUGAACCAGCCUUGUAUACCUGGAGUAAAUCCCACUUGAUCAUGGCAUAUAUUUCUUCUUAUACUUUGUUAGAUUCAAUUCGCUAAUAUUUUGCUGAGGAUUUUUGCAUCUAUGUGCAUGAGAGAUAUUGGUGUGUAGUUUUCCUUUCUUGUAACAUCUUCAUCUGGUUUUGGUAUUUGGUAAUGCUGGUGUCACAGAAUGGGUUAGAAAUGAUUCCCUCUGCUUCUAUCUUCUGGAAGAUUGUAGAGAAUUAGUAUCAUUUCUUCCUUGAAUGUUCAGUAGGAUUCACCAGUGAAUCUGUGUGGACCUGGUGCUCUCUGUUUUGGAAGGUAUUUUGACAGUUUAUCUUUGCAAAUUUUGAUAAUUUUAAAGCAGUUCUUUUGCUGUAGUAUUUAGCACUUAUUUGAUUGCUAAUGAAGUUUCCAGGUUUGUUCUUCUCUGUGGUGUUUUACAAACAGUACCAGCCAUUAGCCUCUUAUUUAUAACUUGGGGUUAAAGGCAACUUUGAGCAUAUUGGUUGUGUCAAAACUGUGCUAAGAAUAUACAUGUGGGAUAUGGGAUUGUAAAGUCAAUGGGCCACAGGAGUAGAUGAGAAUGAUGCUUACAAGGAAAAAAGGUUAUUAUGCUCCCAGAUCCUAGAGACUGGAGGUGUGGCAUGCCACGCAGGGCCACAUGAAGAAGCUCCUCAGUGGUCAGGAGGCCAAAAAGAGGAGUGGGAGGAGAGCUGAGGCCACAGCCUUUAUUAAGGUUUUCACAGAAAAGGCAGGCCAGGUGAACAGUUUAGGACUGGCUGGUUUGAACAAUUCUAGAGGGCUCUAAGCUAUCGCAGUGGUCUCUAGUUGCCUGGCACCUGCCCUGGGGUGACUAAGGCAGAGGAAUAUUGCCUCCUGGGGACACAGACCAGAGAGGGGACGUCUGGCUUUGCGUUGGUCAGUUUGCAUAUCACAGGCAUGCUCCCGCUGGGCCCUUUGCUGUCUCUAAGGAGUGGCUGGCCCAGGAGGGGCAGUCUCUUCCCAGCUAGAAAGGGUUUAGGACGUCAAAACAUCAUAACAUACAGAAAAUAAAAAUGCAUACAGUACAGAAACGACAAAUAGUUCAUUGUGCUGGAGUUCAGAAAAAGACACUGGCGUGAGGCGGGACUGGGGAACUCCGGUGGAGGAUGGCGCCUGGCACAGCAUGGGCAGGUAUAGCGACUUGGUGCAGCGACUUGCUGAGUGUUUAUCUCGUGCGGAGCAUCGCACUGAAGAUCUCCUACACGUGAUCAUAAAGCUCGGCGAGGUGGCUCUCAUUGGCACCUUCAAAAUGACCAGAGGCAGCUUCUGAACCAGCUCUUCCUAUGCCGAGAGCAUUGUUUGUGACCCGGAAGGCAGGUUUCAGCGUGGCAGACCAGCGGGCAUGUGCGUGCCUGCAGCUUGGACCUGAAUGAUGCUAGGAUUUGCCUCUCCAGGGCCUCACCUGCACAGUGAGGGGAUUUGGGUUCCGUGGUGCAGAGCUGAGAGGGUCAGUAAAAAGACCGUGCGGUGGGCUCUCAGAAGGGACCUGGGCUUGGAGGGGGUGGGGCCAGUUGGCCUGGAGACCAUGAUGUGAGCCAGCCCCUCCCCCUGACCCCCACACUUCUCCCCAGAGGGCUGCCCAGUGUGCUGGGGAAGGGCACUGGUGACAGGUGACCCUAUGUGCCAGACUUAUGUGACUCUAGACACACAGUGCAGAUUUCACAAUGUUUUUACUCACAAACACACACAGAAGAGCCUUUCACUGUGCUCAAGGCAGUGUGCCCAAGUGCCAGGAAGUCAGGGGAACCCCGGGGUCAGGAGGUCAGGGGAACCUGGGGGUGGCGUGGUGCCGGAAGAAAACAUCAGGACACUGGACAGCACGGUGUCCAGUGCGCCCACCUGACUCAUACCAGGCCUUAGGACAAACUCUUUCCCUCUGUUGCUCUCAGUUUCCCCACCUGGAAAAUGCUGGACUGAAUCAGUUCCCCGAGUCGGGCUCCUCUGAGGAUGGGAGCCCUUCUUCAGUGACGCGUUGGCCGUCCUCCAGACCCAUUCUAAAGCGCAGCACUGCCCAGAGCAGGCACAGGAGGCCAUCGGGCCAGGUCCCCUACUGGCAGGGAAGGGGCCCUGCACGUGGGUCCCUGUUGCCUGCACGCUAUUCCUGGGACCUGUCGUCCUCCUCAGCCGCCCUCCAAGAGAGGCGGCUUUCCACGGUCGGGGCCUCAGGGGAAUCCACUGGGAGGCUAGAGCCCGACUUGGACCCCUGGGAUCCUGGGGAGGACCCGCUUGAGCCAGCCUCGGUCACCCACCAGCGUCAACAGAGGGAGUCCCCCCCAGCGAGGAGCCGGCCACGGAAAUUGGGACUGCCUGGGAUCCCAGACACAGCCAGGAGGCAGCGUCGGGACCUGGAGAAGCUGGCAGCUGAGAUGGAGCGAGUGAGGCAGUGGGAGAUCCGCCUUCUUCAGAACAUUGAAGAAGCCGUCCAGCACGAACUCACCAUCGACGACGACUGAGUGCCUGGCACAGGGGCCAGGAAGCGAACGUGCACAGGAGCCGCUCCCCAGCCGGACUUGCCCCUCUAUCUGUGAACACCGUGCCCUCAGGGCUUGCCCCACGUCCAGCCUUGACCUCUGUGUGCCUCUCCGGUGAGGUGGGGGGAACUUGGUGAAGAUCUCCUCACUCAGAUCUGAAAUGUAGCUCUCAGAGGCACCAACUGAGAAGAGGGUACAGGGGGCAGAGGUGCAGACAGGUGAGGUGGGAGCUCACAGUGCCACGCCCGGGGUACCCAGAAAAGUGAUGUAAUCCCCCCACCCUGCCUGCGUCCUCCACCCGUGUAGGGAGCCUUCUACUCUGGGAUGACAUGAGGACAUAGGGAACAGGACAAUGUUAUGCAGUGACCCGCCCACCCACUGGCAAGGCCUGGGGCUUCACACUAGUGGGCCAUAGGGUGUCGCUGUGGGAAAGGCCCAAAGCCAUGGCCCGUGACUAGAAGGCGCUCUGGGGGUCUGUGGGCACUGGUUUUGUUUUUUUAGUGGGGAGGGAGGGGGGGCUAGAAGGAUAUAACCUCCUGCAGUAGCACGGGACCAACUCCUGCCCCGUCCUCUCCAGUGUUGAGCUCACUGCUUUAAAUAAGGAUCCCACUGAAGGGAUGGAGGUGCUGCUGACCGCGUACCGUAAGGAAGAAGAGACGGGUACCCAGGGGCUUCAGUUAACAUGGAAAACCAACAUCAAACCUCCCAGGUCCGAACAUGUCAGACACGUCUUUUUGUGGGCACGUCAUGGUUAUAAACAGAGUUAGAUUUUAUCUUGUAAAUGUUUUCAUCCCCACUUUAUCUAAAAAAAUUUUUCCCCCUUCUAAAAACCAAGAAUACUUACAUUUCCAGUCGCAUCCUGUGCCUCCUCCAGGGCCCCUCCUCCAGGCCUGUUGGCCAUGGCCUGACUUUUCUCAGGGAUGCAGCUAGAGCUUAUUGCUGGAGCAGAAUCAAACGGAGCACCCUAAACAGAAGCUCAGGCUGGAUGGAAACCACAGGGCACGGGAGAUCCUAUGGGCAGGUGAGGUUAGCAUGCCGUGUUCUAAGAGAUGGGUGAAGUCUCACUCUCGAGCCACAGGAUGGGCAGAGAACUCCAGACCCAGAACUGGUUCUCCCUGGAACCUCAUCUGCAUUUCUUUAGAGGUUUCCAGAAAAGAAGGAAUGAGGAAAUUCUUCACAAGAGGGGUUAGAUGCAGGCUGGGGGCUGCAUUUAUUGGGAUGGUUAUGUCACAUUUCAUCUGCUGAUGUUGUAUGUGUGGAUGAAGUUAUUGACGAGGUAGUAUGUUUCAACAUUUGUAAGUUUACGAGCUAAUUCCUCCUUUAUACGCUAUCAACUUGCUUUUUCCUUUGUGAUAAUUAUCAGGCUUUUAAAAAUGAUAACAGUUUAAUUUUUCAAAUAAAAAGGAUAAAGAAGCAGAAAAACUCCUGUAACUGCAUAACAUAGACAUAAAUGCUUUAGGGUAAUUCUAUCCCAUCUUUAUUAUUAAAAAUAAAAUGUUUUUUAGAAUUAUUUCCAAA